UGGUCUACAGAGUGAGUUCCAGGACAGCCAGGGCUACACAGAGAAACACUGUCUCCAAAAAACAAAAAACAAAAACAAAAAACUAGAUGUAAUAAAGUUAGAGUCAAAAAGAGAAUGAACCCCCUCCUCAGAAUAUUAAGUAAAGGCUGCAUAAUAAGGAACACAAUGAAUGUUCAUAAAUUACACUGAGAAGCGAAACAGGCUUGGGACAGAUUUGUGAUUGAGGAAAAACGUUCAUCCUAGGUCAGGUCCAAGGAUGCAGCCACAGGUAUGCACUGUGAUAAAGCAAGGCCAUGUGAAACUGCUGCUUUGAACUUAUGAGCUUAUAGAAUGAAACACUGCUUUGAACUCACUAUCAACAUCUUCUGAAACUCCCACUUUGUGUAAACAUUUUAUCUGUGAGGUAUUUUAUAAAGAAUGUUUGUCUAAGAAGGUAUAAAAAGGCUGAGAGAAAAUUAAGUGGCUGUUGGGGCUCUGCUCCAUCCACCAUAGAUAUAGAUAUAGAUUAUAGAUAGGUAGAUUAUAGAUAGAUAAACAUGUAUAUAUACAAAUAUAUAUCAUAUGUAUGUCUAUACGUAUGUACAUAUGUGUAUGUAUAUAAGUAUUCAUGUGCACUUGUGAUAUUGAUGAAACAGGUGGUCAGGCCCAGUGUGUGUAUGUGUCUGUGUAUGACCUCUCUUAUCUUUUUAUUUCUGACCAGCCUCUUAAGAGUUCAGAGUUUCAGGCUGGGCAUUCUUGCCAGCCACAGAUAAUUAAGUUUUGUUCCUGUAAAUCGCCCACCACUGUUGGUGAGGCCUCUGUUGGCUGCUAUUAGCACUGACCCCAAUCUACACACCAUACCUCAUUGCUUUCCUCAGUUACCUGGUUGUCAGAACAGGCUUUUGGCAAGUUCUGAGCCUGUCUCCUUUUACCUCCUGCCUCUGACCAGGACAGAUUCUGGGCCAUCUGACAUGGAGUGACAUCUCCAGAACCAGCUAGCAACGUUGCCUAGGAUGUUAGCCAUCCUCCUUGGGUAACAGGCUCCAGGCUGACUGCCCUCUGUCUUAGCUGUUCAAAGGAGCCCAAGCCCUGAAGACGGACAUCUCCCUCUUACUAAGCCUAAGGUCUGCCUUUCAUAAUGUGAUCAGACCAUGCUGGACAAGGUCUGGGGUUUGAUCCCAACUGCAAAACAAACGAAAAAGUGAUCAUAUCUAUCCUGCUCCUGUGAGGCCUGUCAAGGGCAGACCUGAGACCAAGUUCAGGGAAAUGCUUCCAAGGUGCUCACAGACUUCUUGGAUAAGAGGGCAGGACUCCACUUUUGGCACAUCUCCCUGCCCGGGCUUAGUUGCUUGGCAACAGCUCUGUCUGUGAUAUACCAUGGCAGCCAAGAGGAUACUGGUGUAUUGAAAUGGGGACACCUUCCCAGGCCACCAGCUGGUGGUGACCCAACACUGCUACCCCACCAUGGUCUACACUCUUAGUGAUGGCCACCCUGUCACCAACCUGGCUGACCUACAGAAUGGAGGGCAGUAUGUGGCUGCCAACUUUGAACGAUUCCACAAGCUCCAGGAGUCUCGAGAUCCUUCCCCUUACCUGGCUGUUCUUUGUCUCAGUGCGUUCAGGAAUGGGGACCUGCUGAGUCCCCUCUUUAGUCUGAGGCCGUCCCAGACUGCCAUCCAGGACUGGGAAACGGUGCUGAAGCUGCUGACUGAGAAGGCCAUGUUACAGAGUGGGGCUGUGCGCGAACUCUGCACCCUUGAGGGGCUCCCACUGUCCACAGGGACUGCUCUGGUGAAUGGCCAUUACUAUGUGGCUGUUGGGGAGUUCAAGGCCCACCCUGUGGACCUGCUGGUGCCCAGCCCCUCUCUGUCCAAGGGCUGCUGGUGUCCUCCAAGCCUGAAGUAGAAAGCCCACAGGCAGAGGGUCCAGGGCCACAAGGCCCUGGUAGCCCAGCCUUCUCCAAAGGAGCCAAGAGAAACUGAGCCAUCCAGUUUCUAUGGCAGAUCCCAGCAAGCCUGGGUAUCAGCCAAUGUUGCCUGUUUAUUAGGAGUUAAGGGAGUGUAUGGGGCUUCUCUGUACCCGAGGAAGGGGACAUCUGGGGCUUAGGAAGUGGAUCAGUCAGCCAAAGCACUGGAAUGGAGCUGUGGAGGCGUCCAGCCACUCCUGGUUGAGACUGCAGCCAGCCCUUCCCAUGUAGUGGAGGCACUGUGGAUGCUGACAGUCUAG